CUGUAAGUGUUCGACAGUUGUAUCUUAACUACUACAUUAAGAAAAAAAAAAAGGUUCUUCAAACAUCGGCCUUUGAACCUAAACACGAGGUUAAUUACUUCAAUUUCCUGCAUUAAACCUUUUUUUCUUUCAUUUUCUAAACUAAUGGAGCCAUUGACAACUAAUACCUUCUUGACAAACUCACCUCACCUUUCAAAAGAAGAUAAUAUUGGAUGUGUUUCGUUGAAAGACUUGAUUAAUCAUCAUGAUUUAGAAUCGAUGGUUCAAUUCAACUUUUUGGUAGAUGUAGGCUAUUUAUUAUCCAACAUGUAUGAUCCAUCCAUACCUGUCACCAUCGUUCACGGGCAAAAAAACAAUUUGAAUGUCUAUUCUAAUGUUCAGUUGUAUACACCAGAGAUACCAGAUAGAUACGGUGUACAUCAUACCAAAGCCAUGCUCUUAUUCUUUUGUGAAAAAAUUACAGGUAUCAAAUCAGUUCAAUUGGUUAUUAUGACGGCAAACAUGAUUGAACAGGAUUGGGAAGACAUGACACAAGGUGUUUACAGAACCCCACGAUGUCCGUUAAAACCCACCGCCACCACCAAUGAAUCACCCUUUGAGCAAGACCUGAUAAAAUAUCUGCGUGCAUAUAAGCUUCGUUCCGUUUAUGAAGCCAUUGCCAAGUUACGCAAAUAUGACUUUUCCUCAUGCAAAGGCAUCCUAAUUGGAUCCGUGCCUGGAUACCACCGUCAAUCCGCCUCCGUGUUCCGUGAUUGGGGUAUUGAACGUUUAGCCACUGUCCUUCGACAGCAUGUACCUUCCUCAUCCUUUCAUUCGGAACUUAUCUUGCAAUGCUCCAGUCUCGCUUCUUCGCCUCAGAAAUGGUUUCUCGAGCUAUGUGAGAGUAUGUCGCAAACAAAGACCAAUACGGGUGUAGCACCUACAAUCAAGGUAGUGUAUCCUACAAUGGACACGGCUAGCAAAAGUUUUACGGGAAGAGAGAGAAGUGGUGAUUUCCUAAGGUUUGAAAGAGGGAGCUAUGAAAAGAACCAUGUGUGGUUUGACAAGUACUUGUGUGAUUGGCAGAGUAACGAUGCGGGAAGACAGCGAUUGAUGCCGCAUAUCAAAACGUAUACUCGCAUUGAGAGAGGUACGGAUGGUACAACAGUGAUUGCGUGGCAUCUAUUGACAUCGGCGAAUCUAAGUCGAGCAGCGUGGGGUGAGUAUCAAAAGAACAAGACACAGAUUUACGUCAAGAGCUUUGAAUUGGGCGUCUUGUUCUGUCCGAGUCUAUGGGUAAAAAAAAAAGAUUGUUUUUUUUUUUUUCCUGCUAAAAAGAUGAAACAACAUGUACACAACAAUGAUAAUAUAAUUGAAGUUCGUCUUCCUUAUGAUCUUCCACUCGUACCUCAUCCCAGACCAAUGUCAUGUUUUACUCGAUUACCGUCAUAA